GAGUGCAGUGCGCCUGCGCAGACGGCGCACGACCGAGCCCUCUUUGUUUGUUGACAAGCGAGUAGCGACUCCACCAGUUGUUUUGUUCUUACGCGAGCGUCGAACGCGUCGCUCGUUAAAACGUUGAAUAUUAUAUUGUAGAGUGAUAGUUCUGUUUGUUUUGACGCGUUUCUCUUGGUAAAAGUGUUUCUACUGCGCAUAUUGUAUUUCCAAAGGAUUGUUGCUGUUCUUCUACGAUUCUUAGAAGUGCGUCGAAAACUCGAAUAUAACUUUUUCGGUGCUCCGACAACAGAGGGUGGAGGGUCGGAGGGGUGAGGUGGUCGCGCGGCGGGGGGAGGCGCGCGGCAGGUGACCGCCGGAGCCCGCGUCUCAUGUGGGCGGCCAGUGCAUGCUGCUCCCGCCAGCCAGCUAGCAGGCACUCAUGCGUGAGACGGUGAGUAACGGGGGCGGGGUGGCAGGCGAGGGCAGCGCCGCCCGCACGCCGGUGAAGACGUUCCAGGCGUACCUGCCGCCCGCACACCGCACCUACAGCUGCAUCCACUGCCGGGCGCACCUCGCGAGCCACGACGAGCUCAUAUCCAAGUCGUUUCAAGGCAGCCAGGGCCGCGCAUAUUUGUUCAAUUCAGUAGUGAACGUGGGGUGCGGGCCUGCCGAGGAGCGCGUGUUACUGACGGGACUGCACGCCGUCGCAGACAUCUACUGCGAGUGUUGCAAGACGAUGCUGGGCUGGAAAUAUGAACACGCAUUCGAAUCGAGUCAAAAAUACAAAGAGGGCAAGUUCAUAAUAGAACUGGCUCACAUGGUGAAAGAGAAUGGGUGGGACUAGGGCUUGUGCUCGGACUAUAGUGCUGUGACCUGUUUGCUUUCGUCAAUUACUGGCUACAGUGCGGCCGUGCUCAGUGUAAACGCAGCAUGUGAACUUAUUGAACUAAGCAGCAUGCUCUCGCCGCGGCGACUCGAACCCUCGUGAUGACGUCACGGGCGAGUCCACUCGCCUCAACCUCAUAGCGCGCGACGAUCGUACAGCAACAAGAGAUUAUUUUUUCAUGUAAAUCAAUUAUUAUUGGAAGUGUUUCGAGUGUUUCGACGAUUGCCACGCGUUACCUACGUAACGGCAGAUUGUAUUCAAACUAGUUCUACUUGCACUUAAUUGUGCAAUUGCUUGUAACAGAAACAUUGCUUGAAGCCAAUUCAAGGAAUUAUUUAGUAGAAGUUGCCGUUAAGUGGGAAAAAUGAGUAUUUAAGCGGCUUCAGCUUGAGCACCGCCAUUUGACGUUAUACAUAAGUUAUCGAUCUCAACCGCCCAGCGUAGGGCAUUGGGCUUAGAAUAAAUAGUUAUAUUUAGUUGUAAUAACAUUAAUUUUCGCCCAGCGCGGAUAGUUUAAGUUGUAUUAGUUACGUCAUUUAUAUCGAAGAUAACACUAAUACUUCUUAUCCCCCUUAACCUGUGAUAAGUACGCGUUAGAAUAGUAUUUUUUUUCUUGAACGAACUCAAGAGUUGCUCAGAGGUCAGAAGUAUGUUCCUAAUUUCAGCUGUACAGUUUGCUUUUCAGAGGAAACUAGUCUUGGAAAAUAAAUUCCAUUUUAAUUGCGCCGUUCAAUUGAUUUUUAGUUUUAGUUCGUACGACUGUUCCUCUGUUCUUAUUCCGUUCGGAAUAGAUUAUUUACAAUGUUAUUUUAAAACAAGUGAUAGUUGGUUGUAGGUGUCGAUGUGAUCGAAAACAUGUUUUAUAUACGAAGUGGGCAGUUAGAGGUUUUAUUAUUCAUUUAUUGUUUCCAUUUAAAUGUGUAUUUUGCGUUAAACAUCAUACCGAUAUUUACGAUGGCGCGCCAUAUUUACUUAACAUCGUUUUUGAUUACGUUUAUUCUGUUAAGUAGUCUAUAACAGUCAUAACUGACAGUGAGUUUAGUUACAUUAAAAUCAUGCAUCUAAAGUACCAAGACUGUUUUCACACAAAACACGUAGGAAUACUGUUUUUGACAAUUGACAAUGCUUUUUCAUAGAAAAUAUUACGCGUCAUGAUAAAUUAAUUGUGUGUAGCUUGGACGUAUCUGGUCUAUGUAGUAUAUUUUGAUACAUCUCAUUACAAGAGCUUUGUAGUUAUACAACAAAAUGGUACUCCAUGAGCAUUCUAUCAAUUGAAUAUUCGAAUUUAUAACCGGAUCGAGAUUCGAUAAAUUAUCGAAUAUUUAUCAGUAAUUUUACAUGGUUUUCUAUGUUAUUAUGUCACAUACAGUCAAAAAGUGAUAAUGACAUAAUUGAAACUAAUAAAACGUCCAAUAUAUCGACGAUAUACCAACGUUUAGUAUUGUACGACUAAGCCGUUGGCGUCUUCACAAAAGUUUUGUACCACCAGAAAAGAAUCCCAUGUGUAGCAUUAUUUGUGUGCUAAGAUAUCGUUUAGAACCUAUUCAUACAAAAUUUCAACCAUAAAGUAUUUCUUCAACGAUUUAAUAUCUUGUCUGUUUCUUUGGGUAAAUUUAUUCUCAUUCGAAUAAGCUAAUUUACGGAUCUAUUUAUAAGACAGUAUCAUUGAAUAACUUCCUCUAUUAAAUUACUGUGUACACUGCAUAUAAAGCCAUAACUUGUAGGAAAAUUAUAAAUAUUGUGAUAUGACAUGAGUAUAAAAAUAUAAUUUUAACAUUAAGGCUGCAUUUAGUGUUCAACCAACGGUCACCGCUGACGUCGGUCGAGCGUAGCGUGUGUCCGUACGCGCUAUGCUGUUGCGUUUAGUGCUCAGCAAACUUGAUUGCGCGUGUACACUUGCAGUAUAAUAUCGCCAUAGCGCGUCAGCUGACCGACAAUUCUUGUCAGCGUGACGUAGCUAUACGCGCGUAGCGAUUCAUCAGCGCUGGACUGUAUGCGUUCAUAUGUUUUCAUAGUUAUAGCUACGCCUGACCGACGUCGGCGCAGACCGUCAGUGGAGCACUAAAUGCAGCCUGAAGUUUACAUAAAGCGAUAUUUUAAUACACAAAAAAUAUAUUAUGAGAACAGCUAGCCGACAUGUUUGUGCGUAAAAACUGCCACUAGUAAUACGUUAUAUAUACACUAACUGAUUAAUAUAAUCUUUAAAAUGGGCGUACGAUGCGCGUUCAACGUUAUUUUUACAUUAAUGUGUACUCGUGUGUAACUAUAUCGCUAUAUUAGUGUUUCAGAUUCUAUUAGUAAACAUUUUUCGUAAAAGACGUUUUUGUAACAUUUGUUUGUAAGAAUACUUUUUAAUAUGGAAUGGCUUGCUGAAAUUUAUUUCUAUAAAUCUGUGUGUUUUAAUUUUCUUUUGUGUUAAAUCUUUCCGCGAUACAAACUUCUCAAACGAUUUGAUGUCAAUUUGUCAAUAAUGUCACAAAUCCACUUGUUACUUUACAAUACCUUUUACCCUUAUUUUGGCCCUUUCAUAUUUAAAUUAUUCUAAUUCAUUUAAUCGCCAUAUCUGUUAAUCAAAGGCCUAAAUAUCUCACAGAUUUCGCAUCUCAAAGGAAACUAUCUGUGAUGAUUGUAAGUUGAGUUGAGUCGAGUCGAGUCAACUGUGCGUUUUGUGUUGUAAAGGCACUUGGUUGACGAGAACUUUUGAUGUGGUGUUUCUUCAUAAGACUGGCUGCAGUACAGAAUAACGAGGUAUUUGAAACGAGAUAAUGGGGUAUUCCAUGAUAAACGCAAAGAAGUUGAAUAGAGAAAGUGUAGACUCAUAUUUAUUAACUAGCUUUGUAAUUAUAUACCAGUAUCCUUUGAAAUCACCAUGCCAAGGGGAAUAUAGAGGUGCCUAGUGCGACUUUUGGCAAACUCAAAUGUCUUCUAUUCCUGUCUCUUAUCUUCAUCAUUUUAUCUCGAUGUAAUAUAUACUCAGUUCGUCUUAUCGCUUUAUCCUAGUAUUCUUUUCAAUAAGAAUUCGUUCAAAUUUUCUUCUCUCAGUAAUGCAGUAAAUGGCCUACUUAAAUUAACUUGAUGAAUCAUAAAACUAAGUCAGUCACUAUUUCUGUUAGUCUUCGAAAGAUCUAAUAUAGCUGUGCGGCAUAGCACGUUAUAGGCGUUUAGACUUUUUCAAACACAUAUGGCGUGCUCUUCAGUGCCGUUGUAUUGUAUCUAAAACACAUAUAUGUUGUGUUUUACAAGCUUCAAUAAUAGAAAUGUUAUUGUAUAUCUGACAUCGGAUUUUUUCUCUUCGUGUAAUAUCUCGUGAUCGACCUAUUUGGAACUGCUGUUAUCUCAUCUCAGUUGCCGAGUUAUAUAUAAAAAAAUAAAUACAAUUUAGCAUUAUUUCGAUGCUUAUCAAUGUUUGGUCAUUGGUCGUCAAAAUUAUUUAGAAGCACCAGUUGUCUUUAAUUGUAAGCCUUCAGACGCUAAAUCGUAAUGUGAUAUCAAACAGAUACGUCUUUUGUAUUGUACUAUGAUAAGGUUCAACGCAUUGUUCACGUGUCUAUUGUACUUUAUGUUGACUUUAUAUCAUAUGGUUAUAGUCAUAUUGCUGAUGCACAAUGUUCAAUGAAUAUCGCCCAAUGGACGAAUCUCGUGCGGACUUUAACUCAACUAAGAUACAUUAUUAUAAGGGAUAUAUGUUUUAUAUCGAUAAAAAACCUUUAUUUUCAUUAUGUUCUUCAAGGGUAAUUCAUCAUACCGGAAUAAGAUGUUACAAACCGCUAAAGUAAUAAAGCGUUUUGUAAAAUGCGGCAGUUAUUUACGGUCAGGACGGUCAAGCAGUAUGAACAUGACUGCGCUAGUAAAUAACAACAGUCCGCCAUUUCUAAAUCCCUUCUAUAUUGGCAAUUUUUAAGGUUAUUGAAUUUUUUUUUAAAAACCGCUCGAGAUUGUUCACGUUGGUUUAAUACAUGUAAGCUAUAUGCGUUAAAUUUAUUUCAGGUUUUAAAUUUAUUGGCAAAAUUAUAAGUUUACGUAGUUGAGAGUAUUCUGUAAAUUCAAAUUUUCCUAAGCGCAGCAAUAAAUUAUUAAAAACUUAAGCUAUUUCUUGGACAAUUUGAACAUUAUGCAGCCAUUUCAUAUUGUAUUAUAACUGUAGUUAAUUAACACUCUUAGAUUUUCCUGUAACACAAGUUAUUAUCAAUGUGACAUUUAAAGUGAGAAAAUUUAAAAAAAAUGUUAGAUUUCUGUGAGGCAUAUUCGAAAUAUUUUUCUACUUGAUCGUUAAGGAGUGCUACUUAGAUAUUUUUGGACCAUUGUUGAGAUGCGAUCAGUAUUUGAGGAGAAUGAAUUUAAUGUUAGUUUAUUGGGAGGUUGUUGUCGAGAUUAGUGUAUGUAGGCUUCGGUAGCUGUAUAAAGCACCUGGUGAGGGUACUUUGACAUUUUUGGGUGUGACAACACUGCUAUAAAACUAACAACUGUAAACCGACUAAAUGAAUUGAAUUUUGAAUGUGAGUUUUGUGUAUGUCGGACUCCAUUUACAUCACAGACGUAUUUAUAAUCGAAGAAGGAAGAUAUUUUUGUAUCAGAUAUGUAUCUAUUAUUGUAUUAAUUCAAUUCUUUAAUUCAAAGUGACCCCAAAGUUGUUAAUAUCUGUAAAUGUUGAAGUACCUACAUGUCGGUCUUGGAGUGUUAAUUAUUCAAAGCCGCGACACACAGACGACGGUGCAUUUUUCAUAGUUGUGUCAUAAAGCGAAAGUACUAGGGGUCGCCACCGUAUUGAAUACUUGUUUCAAUUGUACAAGUACAAUACUUCUGAUUGUGUUUUAAGCUGUACUUUGGGCUCAAUAAACGUAUAGCAUACGAAAAUUCUAUACUAUUUGACAAUAGAAGUUUAUUGAGUGAGACAAGUAAGUAUUGUUUCUGUUAGUCUGCAAAAGAUUUUUGUCAGAAGAAUCGAAUGAUUAAUUUUCUUUAAAUACAUAUUCAUCUGUUCGUUCGUUUUUUUUUAAUGUUUAAUUACCGACAUUGUAACUUCAAUAGUGUCAAAAAAUUUGUUACAUAUCAUUUAAAUAUAAAUAGAUAAGGCAGCAAUAAUACGCCGUAUUCAGCGUACCUACGUCAGUCUCGAUGCAAGUAAUUUAUAAGAUGUUUUAUUAAAUUUUAUUCACUAUCCGAAGUAAAACGCCAGUUUGUGCCUCAACAAACAGUUUCACUAAACUGAGUGAACAAUUACUAAAAGAAAUAAGAUAUAUUACAAUAUUCAACUACCGCAUUCACGGAGCUGUUGUUUUUUUUUUAUGGAAUAGGAGGACAAACGAGCGUACGGGUCACCUGUUGUUAAGUGAUCACCGCCGCCCACAAUCUCUUGCAACACCAAAAGAAUCACAGGAGCGUUGCCGGCCUUUAAGGAAGGUGUACGCCCUUUUUUUUGAAGGUACCCAUGUCGUAUCGUCCCGGAAACACCGCACAAGGAAGCUCAUUCCACAGCUUUGUAGUACGUGGAAGAAAGCUCCUUGAAAACCGCACUGUGGAGGACCAUCACACAUCCAGAUGGUGAGGAUGAUAUCCUAACUUGUGGCGUGUCUUUAGGUAUUAUGUUUAGGUAUCGGCGGCAUCUAGUCGAAGCGCGCGCGGAAAACUAUCAAUAAAUAAUUUAAGCUGUACUUUAUUUAUUUUGCUGUAUUACAUCAUAUUUGUACUGUCUAUUGUAAGCAGAUUUAAUUUAUUUAGCGAUAAGUUUUACAAAUAUUACGUUCGAAGUGUAGUUUUUUUUUGCCUUACGAAACAGGGACUUUUCAAUAUUCGAGGUGGCAACCCCUAGACAGUAGGUACCCUGAUCACGUCACGACAGACCCGCUUAUUUUUGUAUCUCCCUAGCGUAAGUAACGAUACUGUAAGUACGUGGCGUCUUCUAACGAAUGUGUAUUCAUUAUGCUGUAGGCGAAGUCGUAAGCAUUUGGUUGAAAUAAUAAGUGCGUAAUAAAACAUUUUUCGUAUUAA